UCCUUCUGAUUCCAGUUCUCCCUCCUAAACCUCUCCCAUUGACCCCUACACGUAAAACUAUAUCAUUUCAUUACAAAAGAAUCCUCUGGUUCUGUAAUAGUUGAAAGCUUAGCUUCGACCUCGAGCAAAAAAUGGCUGCUGCCUUGACCGGAGAGAACCUGUCGAGGCAGUCCAGCAGCAGAAGCUGGAGGUCCGGAAGUGUGAGAGAGAUUUGGAAUGAACCCAACGUAUUCCGGCGAGAAUCCGGCAGGGAGGAAGACGAUGAAGAAGAAUUGAUGUGGGCUGCAAUCGAGAGGCUGCCAACUUAUGAUAGAUUAAGGAAGGGCAUGCUGAAGCAGAUCACUGAGAGUGGAAGGGUGAUUCAUGAUGAAAUUGAUGUCACAAGACUUGGCCCCCGAGACAAGCAACUCUUGAUGGAAAAAGUCCUCAAGGUUGCUGAAGAAGACAAUGAGAAGUUCCUCAAAAGGCUCAGGAACAGAAUCGAUAUGGUGGGAAUAGAGAUUCCCAAAAUAGAGGUCAGAUAUGAACAUUUGUCUAUCGAAGGAGAGGCCUAUCUUGGAACCAGAGCACUUCCAACUCUGAUCAAUUCCACCAUGAACACAUUAGAGGGGAUUUUUGGAAAAGUAGGACUCUCUCCAUCAAAGAAAAGAGUCAUCAAGAUACUUAACGAUGUCAGCGGUAUACUGAAACCAUCAAGGUUGACUUUGCUUCUUGGACCUCCCGGUGCAGGAAAAACAACUUUUUUGCUGGCAUUAGCAGGGAAGCUAGAUAAGGAUCUAAAGAUGACUGGGAGAAUCACCUAUUGUGGCCAUGAGUUCCGAGAAUUUAUUCCUCAAAGAACAAGUGCUUAUAUCAGUCAACAUGAUCUUCAUCACGGGGAGAUGACAGUGAGAGAGACAUUAGAUUUCUCCGGCCGUUGUCUUGGAGUAGGAACCAGGUAUGAUUUGCUUGCAGAGUUGUCCAGAAGAGAGAAAGAAGCCGGCAUCAAACCUGACCCCGAGGUAGAUGCCUUCAUGAAAGCUGUAUCUAUGGCUGGCCAAGAAACUAGCUUGAUUACAGACUAUGUUCUCAAGAUUCUAGGUUUGGAUAUCUGUGCUGAUAUCAUGGUUGGAGAUCAAAUGACCCGGGGCAUAUCUGGUGGACAGAAGAAGCGUGUAACUACCGGAGAAAUGUUGGUUGGACCAGCAAAGGCAUUUUUCAUGGAUGAGAUAUCAACAGGGCUAGACAGUUCUACCACUUUUCAAAUAGUGAAGUUUAUGAGGCAGAUGGUUCAUAUAAUGGACGUAACUAUGAUCAUAUCUCUCCUGCAACCAGCACCUGAGACAUUUGAACUUUUCGAUGAUGUAAUUCUACUUGCAGAUGGUCAGAUUGUGUAUCAAGGGCCACGGGAAAAUGUUGUUGAGUUUUUUGAGCACAUGGGAUUCAAAUGUCCUGAAAGAAAAGGAGUUGCAGAUUUUCUUCAGGAAGUGACGUCCAAGAAGGACCAAGAGCAAUAUUGGUUCAGAAGGAACCAGCCUUACAGAUAUAUCUCAGUUUCAGAGUUUGCUCAGGCGUUUAACUCUUUCUUCAUUGGCCGACAGCAAUUAGAAGAGCUGAAAACCCCUUAUGAUAAAGCUAAAACCCAUCCUGCAGCUUUGGUGAAGGAAAAGUAUGGUCUUCCAAGCAUGGACCUAUUUAAGGCAUGCUUUUCAAGGGAAUGGCUGCUGACGAAGCGUAAAGGAUUUCUUUACAUAUUUAAAACCGUGCAGUUAACAACCCUGGGUACGGUUGGCUUCACUGUGUUUUUCAGAACCAAAAUGAAAACUGGUGAAAUGGCAGAUGGGGUAAAAUUCUGGGGAGCAUUAUUUUUCGGUCUAAUGAAUGUCAUGUUCAAUGGGUUUGCUGAGUUAUCUAUGACAGUUGCCAGGCUACCCGUGUUCUUUAAACAAAGGGAUUUCUUGUUUUUUCCUGCAUGGGCAUUUUCCCUUCCUAUUGCAGUCCUCAGAAUUCCCCUCUCGAUCGGAGAAUCUGUGAUAUGGAUCGUUCUCACAUAUUAUACAAUGGGGUUUGCACCUGCUGCAAGCAGAUUUUUCAAGCAGUUACUAGCAUACAUUGGAAUACAUCAAAUGGCUCUUUCUCUCUUUCGUUUCAUUGGAGGUGCUAGCAGAACACAAGUUAUUUCUAACACAUUUGGAAUGUUUGCCCUAUUACUUGUGUUUGUUCUCGGAGGUUACAUCAUUUCAAAAGAUGACAUACCAAAUUGGCUAAUUUGGGGCUACUACAUCUCUCCUAUGAUGUAUGGACAAAAUGCUAUUGCUAUAAAUGAGUUUCUCGCUUCUAGAUGGAGCACUCCUGGAAACGGCACAAGUGAAGACACAGUUGGGAAGUCGCUUCUAAAUCGAGGCUUGUUCACGACAGAGUCAUGGUAUUGGAUAAGCGUUGGGGCACUCUUUGGGUUUACUCUUCUUUUCAAUGUGCUCUUCAUAGCAGCACUCACAUUUCUAGAUCCAAUGGGCAGUAACAAACCUAUGAUUUCGGAAGAUGACGAGACUGAAAGUGUUUCUCCACAACAAUUGGCAUCAAAUCCAGAAGGUAUGGAGAUGCCAGAGAGAAAUGGGAGCUCCAUAGGUUCUGCCAUGAAUGGUCAAAACAAAAGAGGAAUGGUUUUGCCCUUCCAACCUCUUUCGCUAACUUUCGAUCACGUCAACUAUUAUGUGGAUAUGCCUGCAGAAAUGAAGGGCCAAGGGGUUGAAGAGAGCAGGCUGCAUUUGUUGAAAGAUGUGAGUGGUGCAUUUAGGCCAGGAGUUUUAACGGCGCUAGUUGGAGUGAGUGGCGCUGGCAAGACCACCUUAAUGGAUGUAUUAGCAGGAAGAAAGACAGGUGGAUAUAUUGAGGGAAAUGUAAGCAUUUCAGGUUAUCCCAAGAACCAAGCAACCUUUGCUCGAAUUAGUGGCUACUGUGAACAGAAUGACAUCCAUUCUCCAUAUGUGACUGUCUAUGAAUCUCUUUUGUACUCAGCUUGGCUACGCCUUUCCUCAGAUGUUGACAAGGAAACACGCAUGAUGUUUGUAGAGCAAGUUAUGGAGCUGGUUGAAUUGAAUAACAUAAGGAAUGCUUUAGUGGGGCUUCCUGGAGUGGAUGGUCUUUCUACUGAGCAAAGGAAGAGGUUGACCAUUGCAGUGGAAUUGGUUGCAAAUCCCUCAAUCAUCUUUAUGGAUGAACCUACUUCAGGACUCGAUGCUAGAGCUGCUGCAAUUGUUAUGCGAACCGUAAGGAACACAGUCGAUACCGGAAGAACUGUUGUUUGCACCAUUCACCAACCAAGUAUUGACAUUUUUGAGGCUUUUGAUGAGCUCUUUUUGUUGAAAAGAGGAGGACAAGUGACUUAUGCUGGACCUCUUGGUCAGCAUUCUCACAAGCUUAUUGAGUAUUUUGAGGCUAUUCCAGGUGUUCCAAAGAUUAAAGAUGGUUACAAUCCUGCUACUUGGAUGUUGGAGGUUAGCACUGCUGGAGUUGAAACUCAACUUGGUAUUGAUUUUGCUGAAAUUUAUGCCAACUCAGAGCUCUAUAAGCGAAAUCAAGAGCUUAUAAAGCAGUUAAGCACACCAGCACCGGGUUCUCAGGAUCUAUAUUUCCCUACCAAAUACUCUCAGAAUUUCAUUACCCAAUGUCAGGCUUGUUUCUGGAAACAACAUUGGUCUUACUGGAGGAACUCUGAAUUUAAUGUCAUCCGGUUUGCUAUGGCGAUUUUCAUCGGCCUUGUGUUUGGAGUAAUUUUCUGGAGCAAAGGCGACCAAGUAGGAGAAGAACAAGAUCUGAAUAAUCUACUCGGAGCAAUAUAUGCAGCUAUUCUUUUCCUCGGUGCUACCAACUGUUCUUCUGUGCAGCCAGUUGUGUCGAUCGAAAGAACCGUGUUCUACCGCGAAAGAGCAGCCGGGAUGUAUUCAGAACUUCCUUACGCGUUAGCGCAGGUGGCUAUUGAGAUGAUCUAUACGGUGUUCCAGAGCAUAGUGUACAGUCUCAUUAUUUACGCAAUGAUCGGAUUCAAAUGGGAGGCGGGCAAGUUCUUCUAUUUCUACUACUUCAUAUUCAUGUGCCUCUCCUACUUCUCCUUGUUCGGCAUGAUGGUCGUUGCCUUGACUCCUGGCCUCCAAAUCGCUGCCAUUCUCAUGGCCUUCUUGUUUAAUUUCUGGAACUUGUUUUCAGGUUUUAUGAUCCCCAGGCCGAUGAUUCCGAUAUGGUGGAGAUGGUACUAUUGGGGUUCUCCAAUGGCUUGGACGAUCUAUGGUGUGUUUGUAUCUCAGUUUGGUGAUAUGGAUACCCCAGUUCAUAUAAGUGGUCAACAGAGUCAGGCAUUAAAUGCCUACCUUGAAGAAAAUCUGGGCUUCAAGCAUGACUUUCUCGUACCAUUGGUCCUGGGUCAUAUCGGUUGGGUCGUCAUGUUCGUUCUAGUGUUUGCCGGUUCCAUCAAGUACCUAAACUUUCUCAAGAGAUGAGCAUCUUCCUGGAUUUUGGUCUCCAUUUUUUUUUUUUUGGCUUUUAUGUUAUGAAUCUCUACCAUUGUUUUGGGUGGCUCCCCACUGUUGUGCAUAUUUAAACUCUACAAAUCUUUAUCAAGUCAAUGUAAUCUAAUCUUAAACCGUUUUUUCUUUCAAGGAAUGGGCUCACUGAAAAUAUAUAGAUUGAUUUUUAUUAA